ACAUGUAGAAGGCAACAGGUUGUAGUUUCACCUCUCAGCCACUAGGUGGCGAAAGUGAAAGUAAAAGCGCAGGAUCGUUGUUGCAUGCAGAGGCGCAGAAGAAGAAGUAUCACCCGAGCCGAGUGGAGCUACGACAGGCGUGGCGAUGCCUAAGAAGUUCCAGGGUGAGAACUCGAAGUCGGCGGCGGCGCGAGCUCGGAAAGCCGACGCUAAAGCUGCAGCAGACGCAAAGAAACAGCAGGAACUGGAGGACGCUCUGUGGCAGGAGAGCGACAAACAUGUGCUGAAGAAAGGACAGAGGAAGGAUGAGAGGGAGAAGAAGCGACUGGAUGCUCUGGAGAGGAAGAGAGAGAACCAGCGUCUCCUGGAUGAAGAGGAUUCAAAGCUGAAGGGCAAACAGAGCCGGGAAAAACUGGCCAAAGUGACGCGAGCGCAGAUCGAGCAGAACCUCGACCGAGAACAAGCACUUAAAGAGACUGAGAAGAAAGUAGAGAAGAGUCAUUUGGAGACGCCGCUGGAGGAGAACAUUAACCACAUCAUUCCUGAAGAAGACUCGGCCCGGACCAUCGAGGACGCCAUCGCCAUGCUCAGCACUAAAGAGGAUCUGGACCGUCACCCCGAGCGGAGGAUGAAGGCGGCCUACACCGUGUUUGAGGAGGCCAACAUGUCCCGUCUGAAGAUGGAGAACCCCAACAUGCGCCUGUCUCAGCUCAAACAGCAGCUGAAGAAGGAGUGGGCCAAGUCUCCGGAGAACCCGUUAAACCAGCGCUUCGUCACCUACAACAGCAAGUAACCACGCCCACUCGGCGAGAUCUCAGAGACUGACACGUGUAACACAGGGUCUGUACCAAUCACCGCCCACAACCUGAACCCUGAGCACCGAUCCCCGCCCAACACCCAGACACCCUGCCCAGACACCUGAUGCCACAAAUCAUACUGAAGUUCCAGUUUGUGCCAUAACCAAAUUUCCCUCAGAUAUCUAAUUUUAUUAUGAAAGUUUUUUUGUGUUAAAAUAAAGAACAGUGCACUUCAGUAACAUUUUGAGUUUUAGACGUUGAUGAUAGCAAUAAACACCGCGCUGGCUUUACAGUAGUGUAUUAACACUCACAGACCAGUUCCUGACUCCUGCAAGUGACAUGUAACUUUAUUAAACUGGUGAACAAACUGA